GAUGAUGAAUAAUCGGAUGUGUUGUUGCAUUCGCGUUUAAUUCUGAAAAAUUAUAGCGUUUCCAUCGCGCAUGGCUAAAUCUCUCCUCGAGAUCUCCGUGGAAAAGGUCUUUCUGACUGCAGCAUCCCGCCGUUACUAUGAUAUCUGUGGAGCGAUCGCGCCUGAAGAUUAAUUUUCUAGGAAAAAAAAAAUUCAAGCACACCUGAGAAAAGUGAUGUUCAUUGGAUCGGACUCUGGAUCUGAACUGAUCUGAGUUAAUUGGUGUUAUAAACAUUUCAAAGACAUCUAUUGUACUGUACAAAACGUAUAAUAUGUGCUACAUUCUUUUUUGCAAGGUGAAACAAGAGGCAUUUGAUUCAACAUGAGUGCAAGCGUUGAGUGUCGAUGGAGUCUCUGAACGCAGUGGAGCUCCGUGAACUGGGGGAUAGGAGCAGACGAGAACCUACUCAGGCUUCAGGACCGAGGCCCGCGGCUGGCAUCGAAAACGCGUCGUUCGAGGAUGAGGAUCUGGGAACGAGGAUUCGCGUUACCUCCAGAACAUCUGGACCUGGGUUCAUGUCCAUCGACUCUCAGUCGAAUCGGCUGCCUAUUCAGAGAGAAGUGCCGUCACCGCGCUCCGAAGACGAACCUGAGCUCGAGUAUAACGGCCACUCGGUGGACUACGGGUUCAUUUUCGCACUAAUUUUCCUCGUAAGCGGAAUCAUAUUAGUGGUAAUCGCCUACACGAUCCCAAGAGAGGCUAAAGUCAACCCGGACCAAGUGACAGCACGCCAUAUGGAGAAACUGGAGAUGUACUACGCACAACUCGGUUCUCACCUCGACAAAUGUAUUAUCGCGGGACUUGGUUUGCUCACUUUGGGAGGAAUGCUCUUAUCCAUUUUAUUAAUGGUGUCUAUAUGCAAAGGGGAACUGUAUCGCCGGAGGACUCUCGCUAGAAGACCCAUGAAAUCGUACGGAUCCAUUAAUAUGAGGAUGAGGCAGUUAGCUGAGGGAGAUGGGAGGGAGACGCUUGUGGAAUGUGAACCGAACACCACCACCGACGCUGCGAACGGUAAUCAGGUUCCUUCUGGAAUGCUAAACACGUAGCACAACCGAAUCCCAUUGAAAAACCUGUAGAUUUGCAGUCCAAAACGGAAAUAGUGCUCACAAGGCAGCUUAAAUAAAGGUUUUAGGUAAGUUUAAGUUUUGAAAAUCUGUAAAUGAAAC